ACCAAAUUGGCUAACAAGUGUAAAUCCUUUGCCGGCUUUGGUGCGUUGUGUAUGGGGAUCCAUUAGGCCUUGUGUUGUUUGCUUUGACUAGUAUGAAGAAUAAUCAUGUCCAGGAGAGAGAGAGAAGAGAAGCGAAAAAUAUGUUGAAUAAUGUAACAUCAGACACAUUUCUGCAUCAGAUAAGGAAGGAAAAUUUUGGGCAAUACCAAGUCCAACUAAAGGGACCUUAGAUAGCAGGAAAUGAGGCUAUGGAGAAGGGCUUCCGGAGUGUUGAAAGAUCAGAAUAGCCUCUGGAUUUCAAGCUUAUCAAGAAGAACAGCACUCCGGAACCCUGACAUUGAAGCAGCAAUCAUCAAAGCCACCAGCCACGACGAAUUCUCGAUCGAUUACAAGAAUGCUGAGAGAGUUUACAAAUGGAUACGUUUGUCAGAUGCUCAUAUCAAGCCUCUUGUGUGGUGUUUAUCUCUUCGGAUGGAGAAAACGCGGUGUUGGGUUGUGGCCUUGAAGGGAUUGAUGCUGAUGCAUGGCGUUUUUUCGUCUAAGGUCCCUGUCGUUCAGAGGAUUGGGAGAUUGCCCUUUGAUCUCUCAAAUUUCAAGGAUGGAUAUAAUAAGCCUGGAGAAAUUUGGGCUCAUAAUGCAUUCAUUCGGGCGUAUUACGCAUUUCUUGAUCAGAAAUCUACUCUGCUUUUCAUUAAUAUGCAAGAGAGGAGAGCUUUUCGAGGAGGAGGGGUUGUUCAGGAACAGAGAUCAUUAAUGCAAGAUCUUGUGAUUUUACAGAAGUUGCAAGGCUUGCUUGAUAUGCUGAUUCAGAUCAAACCUUUAUCGAAAGCAGCAAGUGUUUUCCUUAUUGUGGAAGCCAUGGAAUGCAUUAUCAUUGAAGUAUACGACGUUUAUAGCCGAAUCUGUCAAAUGAUUGCCAAGGUCCUGAAGAGGAUUGAUACAGCAGGAAAGGCUGAAGCAGCAAUGGCAGUCAGGAUUCUGAAGAAGGCAAUUGUUCAAGGCGACGAACUUUCGAUGUAUUUUCAACUUUGCAGAGAAAUCGGUGUUGUUAAUGCCAAAGGAUGUCCUCAAAGUGUGGAAAUUCCUCAAGAAGACAUCCAUGAUCUUGAGAUCAUGAUCAAUGAAAUCUCUGAUAAAUCAGAGAUGGAUGAAUAUUCAUCCGUUUCUGAUUUCUCAGAAAUGGAUGGGAAAUCAGAAGCAGCUAAAAAGGCAAUUGUUGUGAGUCAAAAUGAAACAGUAUUGGUAGAUUCAAGAAGCAGAUUAAGGACAGUAAUCACAGAUAAUUGGGAGAAAUUUGAUGAAGAUUUGAUGGUGAUUUGCUCGGAAAAUUCUCUCACAGCUGCCUCAAAAACCAAUCCUUUUCUGUCACCACCCCAUCAACAACAGGGUAAAUGUGAUGAUCUACCAGAUUUAAUUACCUUCUAGCCUGCAUAAUCUUUCAUGUCCCCUUCCAUUAUAUUCAAGUUCCACAUCAAUUGCAUCAAAAGGACGCAGAAAUCAUUUGUAUGAACAAUCACAAAAAAACAUGUUUACAAAUUACCUAGGUGAUAGUACAAGGAAAUACAACAUGAU